AUGGCCGAAUCAGACCUCAGCGGAACCCGAUCCAGUAGCAUUGGCCCGUCUAGGUCCCGCGCCAGUGGCUCUCGCAAGCCAAGCCCUCCCACUGGUCGCGAGCGUGGUGGUGGUGGUGGUGGUGGUUCCGACCCAAACCUCCUCGCGCCUGUGGUGAGGAGCAAGCGCACCCCUAUUGCUUGCACUGAAUGCCGUCGCAGACAAGUGAAGUGUUCUGGCGGCACUCCGCAGUGUGAGCGCUGCGAAAAGAAGGGUGUCAGAUGCGAGUACAUUCCAAUACACCAGCAGAGGAUGGCAGCCAACACGGCCAUGCAACAUAACCAAAGCGCUAUUCAUCUCUAUGGCUAUCCGUCCGCACAAGUAUCCCGCUCCGUACCAUCUUCACCAGAUCAUUGGCGGCAUCAGCAGGACCAGCAAGCGUAUCCAGGCUAUGUGCCAGGAGCUGUCCCUUCUGGACAAGAAUGGCAACAGCAAUAUACAGGGACGCCACAAGUCCCGUCACAGAGGUACACUCAACAGACUGUGCAGUCGGCACCGGCUCAGUUGGGCUUCGCCUAUCCGCAAGGCUACCAGACAAACCAGUCAUAUCACAUCGCAUCCGUCAACACUGCCCAACAAUAUACGCGAGGGUCUGCGGCCGGAGCGGCCGAGGGCUAUACUCAGGGGCAGUCUGUCCCAUCUCAGUAUGGCUACGCGGGCACAUACGAUGCCUCCGCGCAGACGGGCAGCAGCGCCGCCUCGUCGAAUAUCGCGUACAAUAUCCCGCCAACAGCCAAUGAGCAGCUGUUGAGCUCGCAGAUGACACUGCCCGCGGGCCAGCUUGGUUCGUACCAAGAGCAGUACUACCAGGGGCAACAUACUGGCUAUGAUCCCUCUUCCACCACACCUGGUCAAGAGACCCCUUACGGCACUUGGGCUGAUCCCAACAACCCCGACUAUGCAGGAUACGAGGGACAUCCGUACCCUUGAAAUUUGCUUUCCUGAUCGCUUUGUGAACGAUCGCUGUCUCCACUCUCAUUCGAUUGUAUUUUAAGCUUGCAUCUACACAUUCACCAUUUUGUAGCUCAGAGUAUGCCUUUCUGUAUUGUAGCAUAGUAGAGUGUGUCGUCGUCGUCUCCUGGUGUCCGGAUACUAUCCUUGUAUAAUUUAA